AUGAGUUCAAAAGUUGUUGAAAAUUAUUCCCUUCUUGAAGUUAUUGGUUCAGGACAGUAUGGUAAAGUGUACAAGGCAGUGAACAUAAAGAAUAAUAGUUUGGUGGCAGUGAAAGUUGUCAAAAUCGAAAAAUUUAAAGAAGUACCAAAAUUGGAGGAAUUCACUAUGAAUGAAAUAUAAACAUUGGCUAGAAUUAACAAUCCAUAUGUUGUUAAAUUUAUAGAAAUGCUUAAAAGUUCUCGUAAUUACUAUUUUGUUUAUGAAUAUUGUAAUGGACAAACACUUGAAGCAGUUAUUUAAGAACAAGGGUAAUAAUUUUAUAUUUAAUUAGGGUUCAAACUGAAAAAGAAGCUUUAUAUUAUUUUAGAUAAUUGGUUUAAGCAUUCUAAUCGUUAAUUUAAGAUAAUAUUAUGCAUAGAGAUCUAAAACCAAGCAAUAUUAUGUUACAUAAUGGAUAAGUUAAGUUAGGAGAUUUUGGAUUUUGUAAAGCUUUGAAUGGUCCUCAAGAUUUAUCAUCAACUAUGGUUGGUUCACCUAUAUACAUGGCUCCAGAAAUAUUAAAAGGAUAAGAAUAUUCAAUCAAAGCUGAUAUAUGGUCUUUAGGAUGUGUUUUGUAUGAAUUAUUAUAUGGAAUAUGUCCAUUUGAGGAGAAAACAAUGGCUUAAUUAAUGUUGGCAGUUGAAGAGAGAGAAAUUUAAUUUUUAGAUAAUGUUAAUGUAGUAUCAUAGACAACAAAGGAUUUAUUAUUAAAAAUGCUCACUAAAGAUCCUAAUAAAAGAAUAAAUUGGAAAGAAUUAUUUGAAAGAGAACUGACUUAUGCAGAAAGUAUAAUUUUAUUAAUCUUUUAGGAACUAAGAAUAACGAGUAAUAUACAAAUUAGAUAUAAUAAGAAUUAACUUUGAAUUCUUAAAGGAAUAAAGAAUCAAAGGCUUUUAAGUAUUUAUUGAUGGAAAGAAACAAAAUAUUUUAUUUAUAUAAAGUUGUUGAAGAAGUCUUAGAAUUGAGCAAAGAAGAAGUUUAAUAUAUUUAUAAUUAUUAUAUCUUUUUAGAGAGAUGAAACUCGAGAAUCUUAGAGUAUAUUUUGUGCCUAUCUAAUUCUUAAAUAUAUUUGUUAUUUGAUAGAGAUGAUCAGAAUGAAUCUAGUUGAUAAAUUUAAUGUUUCAGCUUUUCCUCAUCUUGUGAAAAAAUAAGAAUUAUAAAAUGAUAUUACCAAGACAUUUGAAUAUAAAAGUUUUUGCACACUUAUCUAAAAAGAAGUGGAAACUGCUAGAAAGAUGUUUAAGCAUUAUUAAGAUGAAGCAGAUAAAUUCUAUAAAUCAUAAAAUAAUGGAUAACAUAUUUAUUAAGGAGCAGAGUUUUCUCAUUUUGAAAGUGAAAUUUAAAGGGAAUUGUAAUCAUCUGAAAUCUCAAUAACUUUUAUGAAAAAAAUUGUAUUAAAAUAUUGUGAAGAUUUAAAGAGUUAGUUUUUACAAUAAUUUUUAGAUAAGAACCCAUAAUUGGGUAACAAGUAUAUCUAUACUUAAUAAUAUUAGGUAAUUGCUGCACAUUGAAAAAACUUUAGAAUCUUUAAUCCUAGAUGAAUUUUUUGAAAAUUGUAUGGAUAUCUAAUAGAUUGAUCUAGAAUAAUAAAAUUAUUUUACAAUCCUUAAUAAAUAUUCUAAAGGGGAUCUAUUGUAAGUAAUUACUAAUAAGAUGGAUUAUAUUAGACAUAAAUUAUAUAAAUGA